AUGUCAACAGCACCUGCUCGAGAGGAUCCCCUCGUUCUGUCCCCAAUAUCGGGGCAGCACACUGCUACGGUGAUCAUCAUUCACGGUUUCGGUGAUUCGGGCCAUGGCUGGGCCUCGGCUGUUGAGCAUAUUCGCCGUCGGCAUGACCGCCUGGACGACGUCAAAUUUAUCCUUCCUCACGCGCCAAACAUUCCUCUAAGCAUAGCAAACGGGCGGCAUCCGGAUGAGGUCCUGACGAGUUCGCCUGGUCGUCUGAGUUCGUUGUCCGCUUGUCAGGGCGAAGAUGUCUCUGGCGUUUUGGAGACACAAUCCUACAUUCACUCUCUUAUCCAGACUGAAAUAGCAGCUGGAAUUGCCCCAGAGAGAAUCAUCCUCGGAGGGUUUUCUCAAGGAGGAGCGAUAAGUAUUUUCUCUGGCCUUGCCGCACCUAUCAAACUCGGAGGUAUCGUUGCGCUUUCGUGCUGGGUGCUACUUCACAAGGGGUUCCCAGAAUACAUCCCAGACGAGGAUUUGAACAAAGACACGCCCAUCUUCAUAGGACACGGGGACCAAGAUUGGCGUAUAGAGUAUCAAGUGGCUAUUGACAGUGUCGCACUGCUUGAAGAGGCCGGCUACAAGAUCACCUUCCACACAUACAGGCGAGUUUUCGUUCCACCGGUGGGAAUCGGUCAUUCUGUUUGCCGGGAGGAGUUGAAUGAAAUCGAGGAGUUUCUGGUUUCGGUAUUGGUGAAUGGAUGA